UAUGGGAUAUCUUCCCUCGGCGGCGCGGUGCCGCCAUGUCUCCAGAAGAUAAGCGGCGGCUAGUCGUUUUCUCCGCUGUGGUCUUCACUCUCUUUCUUCUUUUACUCGUGUUGAGCUACAUACCAGCUUAUUUGUACAUACUUUUUAUCUGUGUCGUGUCUUGUGUCGUUUAUUUUCACAAAGCGGAGGAGUUACAGCUUUUCGAGAGACUAGGCCUCAAUCCACGCCGUGGCCUGAGCGUCCCGCCGGCUCUACUGCGCUGGUUACCGGGCAGGACUUUGAGCGGAGUCCCGGCCUCCGGCAGAAACAAGAUACGCAAAAGUGAUGCUAGAAACUCUUUCGCGUCACCCAGCGAUAGACACUUUGCGGGCUCGUAUUAUAGAAGAGAGCACGCGCUCAGUGAGUCCGUGUUCAGCCCUCGGGAUAUACUCAUGGGAAGUUACCUCGCCAAACCCGAAGAAAGCCCCUCCGCCGCGGUGAGGCCCGCCGGGGGAUCGGGGGCUUUCAUGCACCCCAGAGAUCAGCUCCGGGAGAGACUCGCCCGACCCAAUAAUGCCGUUCACACACCUAACAGAAGACUGUCAUUCGGGGACCCUGCAGGCACUGUGAGCCGGUUCACCAUCACCCCCCAGAGACAUUACCCCCUUCAACAGACAGGCACAUCUCCCAUUGGAGUCAUGCCACCUGCAAAAUGGGAUGGGUACCGUAAGAAAAAUAUCCUCACCCAACGCAAUUCACCUACUGUUCACAGUCCAGUCACGGUGAAGAUCGCCAGACCAGACUCCACCCGGUCAUCAUUCUUUAAUCACCUGAACUCCCCUGGGGCUGUCACAUCUCCUGGGAUUGGAGCACAGACUGACCCCUGCUCCAGAGAGGCUGUCCUCAGCGUGCUCAGAGAGAGCAGGAAGAGAGAGGUUGAUGAGGAGGACAAGAGUGCUUCCUCUGGGCAGAAGAGCAAAAGGAGGCGUCAUGACAGCAGUGGAAGUUCUCAGUCAGCGUUUGAGCCACUUCUUGCAAAUGGAGCUCCAUCUCAGCUUGUGCCAAAGCCUGGCAGUCUGAAGAGAGGGAUGAACUCUUCUCUCAUAGAAGAGUCCAUCAUGAAGCGGUCUCGCACCUCCUCUGUCAGCUCUAUAAGUGGUGCUCCUGUUCCCAGUGGUGUACCUGGAUCUGUUCGAAAUCCCAUUCGCAGUUCUUACAGCUCCUCCCAGGGUUAUCCACAGAGACGAGCAGCAUCCAGUCUCAGUCUUUCUCCCUUCACAAGCCCAGGAGGAUCUCGGUGUCAGACUCCAGAGCGAGCUGCAAAGAAAGCAAGGGAGGAAGAUGCUACCUCACCAAGUUCAACAUCCUUCGCUAAAAUGGAUAAGGUGGCAGCUGAUCCUGACCCUUCUCCAAAAACAACUAAACUUACCCCAAAAUCCGAGGCACCUGUUGCGACAUCGACGUCAGACUCUGGAAGCAGCGGUGGCAAACGUAAACGCAAAAUUCAGCUGGUCACCACAAACAGAGGAGAUCGGAUUUCUUUGCCACCACCUCCUGAGGUUGGAUAUACGAUCACAGUGAAAGAUCUAGAUAUGGAGAAGAAAGCCGCUCUUAGCAAGAUACAGAAAGUCCUGGAGGAGCCUGAGCCAGAGAUCCCUCCUCCAGCAUCUGAACCCGCUCCUGCCCCAGUUUCAGCUCCCACUUUAUCCCUGUUCUCUCAGCCAGCUCCAACCUCCACAUCUGGGACGGCACCUGCUGUGAGCGCUGCUCCCUCUCUGCUUUCUCUCUCCACACCUAAGCCUGAGAUCACAACAGUUAUUACUACAACUCCUGCUCCAACUAUUGACCUCACCGUCACUGCGUCCAGCACAGCCAGUACUGCACCUCUAACCCUCAUCUCAUCCCCCGCCAUCACUAUCGCAUCGCUAACAGCUGCCACAACUGUUCCAACUGCACCAGCUACCAGCAUUUCAAACCCCCUGCUGGAGUCUCUGAAAAACAUGAAGAAUAAUCCUCUACUCAGUGCUCCGACUCUGAUGGGCACUAGCACUGCAGCUCCAGCAGUGCCUGUAUCCAGUCUUUCUGCACCUGCUCCCUCCAUAAUCCCAAGCAGUGGAGUUGUCAAGUCUGAAUCAGGUCCCACUGCUCUGCAAUCCUCAUUCUCUGCCCCAUCCUCCAUAUCAACACCUGCUUCCAAACCAGCAACCUCCAUGCCCUCCGCCUUUGCUCAGAUCCUGGCACAACCUCUUCAACCCCCAUCAACCAUCCCAUCGCUGGGUGGAGGCGGCAGCCUGUUCAGUUUGAUCAAACCUGUGGCCACACCUGCAUCUGAGCCUCCCAAAUCUACAGUUGCUGCACCUACAAACACAGUUGCAUCAGUCAACAGCAUUAGCAACCCUCUCUCAUCUGGGUUUAAGCCCAUCUUCAGUGCAGCAAGCACCACCCCUGCUUCAACACCCGAGAUCAAACCCACCCAACCCACCUUCAAGCCUUUAUUUGGCAGCACCACAAUCAGUGGCAUUGGUGCAUUUGGGCAGACCACCACACCGAUGACAUCAACCCCUGCUGCUCCUGUCUCACAGAGCAGUGCGACAUUAUUUGGUGGAUUAACCAAUACCCAGUCAACGACAGUGCCCUCUUCUUCUGCCCCGGCCACACAGACUCCCUCCCAGUCUCUGUUUGGUAAAUGGUCCACACCAACCACAUCUGCUCCUGCCACAAACCCCACGUUCCAGUUUGGAGCCACAUCAACUACUACGGCAACACCUGCACUGAACACCAACACUGCUAGCGUUGGUAGCGCUAAUUCCGCUUUUCAGUUUGGUGCAGCAAAACCAGCUACCGCACCUCAGGCCCAAAACACGUUCACAUUUGGCCAGCAGUCCACGAACCAGAACUCCACAACAACUCCAUUUGGUGGAUUCGGUGUGACCAGCAAUGCCACCACGUCCUCAGAAGCGCCCACAACGCAAACUACAUUUGGAAGCUCGACUUUCACCACAUCAUCCGCUUUCCCAGGAUCCACACCGCAGGCCCCUGCUGCUCCAAAGCCUUUCGCAUUUGGAGCCGCCGGCGCAAGCAGCGGUGCAGCACCGUUCGCAUUCGGCGCCGCUGCCAGCACAUCAGCAUCUGCAUUUGGGACUAAUAGUCAGCCUACAUUUGGUGGAGCGUCAUCCGGCUUUUCUUUCGGAAACACCACCACACCUUCUGCAACACCUGUCUUUGGGGCGACCACACAGACUGCUGCCCCUGCACCAGCCCCAGCACCUACAUUCACCUUUGGAGGGGCACCAACAGCCAAUCAGAACACUGCACCAAGUACUCCGGCUCCUCCUGCCUCUGGAGGGUUUAACUUUGGGGCGUCACUUUCAUCAACACCGUUUGGAAGCCCUGCGCCUGCAGCUCAACCCCAAGGGUUUUCCUUUGGAGCCAAUAACACUGACAGCAAGCCUGCUUUUGGAACAUCAACUCCUGCUUUUGGCCAGGCGUCUGCAGGAAUGUCCAUGCCGUUCGGCAGCCCUGGAACACCAGGAUUUGGAGCAAUGGGCGGCUUGGGUGCUUCACCAUUUGGUGCUUCACCAGCCAGCUUCUCUAUCGGGACGGGCUCCAAAACCUCUGGGGCUCGUCGAUUACAAGCACGCAGGCAGCACCCGCGGAAGAAGUAACACGGCUGAAGUGAGUCCGACCCCUGUCUUUUUUGUCGUUUGGACUCUGUUACUCCUCCGACUGUCCCGACUCUGCUGCUGGUCCAAACACAGACCUCAUCUCUACAACCCUCAGACUGCCAGGGCUGGUCAGGCUUGUAGGAUCAAGGCUUGUGGGGUGUAGAAUUUUAGCCCAAUCUCUCGCCAACCGAAACUCAUCAUGACCUCACUAAUGGAGUCUGAUGAGGACGUCUGGUGUUAGGGAAGGAUGGCAAACGGGAGUGAAUUAUACUUGAAAGAGAAAAAAAUAAGACUUUCAAAAUCUGGAUUUCAGUCCAGGCCUUUCGGAAGAAAAGGAGCUUUUUUUUUGGUCGUAAUCAGAUGCUCUUUAUUUUAAAUCCGGUAAAUACACCCUUUUUUGUUUGUUAACGUAGGUGUUUCAUGCUUUUCCAUCAUGCUUAGCAGAAUCGUCCAUUUUGUUAAGCCUUCAAAACGUGAAUAUUUUAAUGUUUCAUUUAGAGCAAUUUUCUUUGAGUGAGCUGCAUAAUAAACUAUCUUAAUUGUA